AUGAUUGGAGCAACAACCUCGGAACCCAAUCGGAUCGCCGCUGACAAAGCCAACCGAUCGGCUCGCAUGUCUCGCGCGCACCCGAUCCACAAGACCAACACCCAACAGCUUUCAAUAUAUCCACGCUGUCAACAAACAUUUCGCGUGCGAAUUGGCCUCGUCGGACAUCUUCAGGCCCAAUGCAGAAACCCGACAACUACACCUGCUGCCUCCGCCAACGCCUCCAUCGUGACCCCUGCACCAACUCCCACGGCGUCCACGACGGCGACCACCACCACCGUCGCCGCCGCCGCCGCCGCCGCACCACUGGCGAUCACGUUUCUGAUCGUCCAUCGACCACUUCUCCGUGUCACUCUAACACAUGUUAGAUCCAAACAGCCCACCCUGGUGUGCGAAAACCUGAUGUGUUGUGGGUGGUCAGCUCGUGCGUGGCACGCGCAGGCGGGAUGUUUAAACUGUCAGCCACUGCGUCAAAUCUCAGUUGAUUGACUGACUCGGACAGUCGACUGGGUUAGGGGAAAGGAGAGAGGUCGAUUAGGGAGACUGCAUUCACACACACUUGAUGGAUAUUCCUAACUAAAAACGGCCUGAUUUGCUUGAAUCUAUCACUGUGCGCGAAAAGUCCUGCUUUGGAAGGCUCUCGACUGAUAUGACAACUCGGUUUCCAUCUCAAUACGGAGAAUCCUGUUACAAUAGCCCCCACUUAAUGUGGCCUUCUUGACGCUCCCAUUCAGUUUGGAUCGGAGCUGUCCCGUCCUUGUCGCAUGAAAACUUGGCCUAUCGUGCGCGAACCAGACGUUUGUGACACGCGUAGACGGGCUGUUAAACUUUGUCAGCCACUGCGUCCGAUCCAGCCUCCGGUCUUCCACACCGAAGUGUGGAGGAGGGGAGUGUGUUAGGUGCAGCGAAAGUCCACCGCCACCACGAACUAAUUCACGGAAAAGUCACCGUUCCAGGACUCACCCUGCUGUGGGGCACACGGUGGACAUUGCUGCUCGCGACGGUCGGAGUUUCAAGGGAAGUCAGCGAUAGAAUGGAAGCUUUGUUGGGACGGAACAAGUAAACGGACAACUCCAAGGAAUAGCACGCAUACAUACAUGGAUUUAUUUAUUAGUACUGCUAACGGCAACAAUAAGUCGACCUUGGGCACAGCGGUGGGGGGGGCAGUAAAUUAACAAUUCUCAAAACAAGAUUAAGCGAAAAGCGAAACUGGAGGCAGCAGAAUAAGAUAAGUGAACUCCACUAGGGAAAAUAAUCGUCAACAAAGAACCCGUACCCCUUCACAAAAUGCAUGGAUAUGGCAAAAAGCCGAUUUCAAUUCAAUAAAAAUUGCUGAGGUGCACGACCCACAUUUCCUUCCGAAUCUGUACUCGUUCCCAUGGACUUUCGAUCUUCCCUUCUUAAAUUACAGAAUUUGCCGGUCUUAUUUCUGCGGCAGUCCGUGAUCUGAGCUUUAAGGAUCACUGUAAACUUAAUUACCUAUUAACCGUGCUUUUGCAGACGGCUGAUCAAAGGGACAAGUAAUAUGAGGAUGGUUGAGAUUAUCUGACCAUCAGUAAGUAGUCCGAUAAAAUAGUCUCCCCUCAGGAACCGUUUUCGUAGCCGCCCUGAUAGCAUUUUGUCGCCUAGGGCUAGACACUUAGUGGCCCGACUUGCAGGCUAGCGCAGGGCUGGUAACCUGACUGACAGUGCUCGAUCUGUGCGAGGAAGGGGGCUUUUCUGCUACGCCCCCUCCUUGAUGCUCACCUGAGUGCAUUUUUCACGUCACGCAUGGAGGUCCUUUGCGCGUACGCAAGCACUUUGUCCAGAAUUUAGGCCCUUGUCUGGAGACUCAAAUCGCCUCGGGCUACAACGCCCUCAACUCGCCCGAGAAGGCGUGUCGACCUGCUGUCUCCGUGUUGACAGUGUCCGCUAGGAUUGCUGAAAAAAUCCAGUCAAUCGCAACACUAUCCCGCGACCGGGCUAGCCCUGGACGACUAGAAUGCUAUCAGGGGUUUAAGGAGUUCACAAUUUAAAGCCUGCCUAGAUUGCAUUGCUAAGGUUUAGUUUACUUAGCGUCCGCCCAUAAGUAGUAACACAGUCAACAAACAUAUUUGGGCAGAAACACGGUUCAAUAGUGUGACAUGAUUGGCAAAAUAUAAAAACUGUACUUACAGACAGAUGUUGCCAAAAAUAAUGAACUACCGUCAAAGUACGCGUUAACGAGAUAGAAGGUUAAAACAAAUAACAAGAGAGCUCCGGAGCAAAAAGUCACAAUUUUCAGAAAUAAUCGAUAGACGCAAAUCAAACGAUUAAUAAUAUUGAUCAACGCAGGAAGUAUAAGAUAGGAAACUUUACUGUAUGUCAAGCGCAUCAGCAGUGGGAAGGAAAGUCUGGCGUUGCCAUUAAGCAAAUACUUAGGCUACUGUCAAAUGGGUAGUGGUGCGAAGAAAUUAGACGUGGAAAAAUACACGGAUAGUCUGCGAUUUAAUCGCCUUUGCUUGCACGCAUACCUGUCGGAACAAGUUUUUGGUGAACGGGGAAGGUUCACGUGACUCAGGCUCGAACCGAGAGACCACAGGUAAGAAGCACCUCAGUCUGCCAUCUUUCAUCAAAAGUGUCUGAUAGCAUUGCAAAAACUGAGCAAACCGAGAGGUGGCAACGUGAAUAAAAUUGUUAGGAUGAUAAACAUUGGACACGUGGGUUAAUAGUAAGUAGCAUGGGUCGUACAAUCUGGUCGAACAAAUUGUUCGUACGCUACGUAGAGGAUCAUAUUCUUAUAAUUUGUCCUCAAACGUCAGAGUCAGAAGGGCAAAAGACAUUGGUGAACAUUCUUUAGGGGUGCGUGUGCUCAUGGGGCUGAAAAGUAAGGGGGCAUAGUUAAACGUAUCUACUGAGUAACUGGCUUGAAAACGCUGCCAGGAGUUAAUGUCAAAAUGAUUACCGGACACCAUUGUGGAACGGCUCUAAACGCCGAAAAACGUGGCACUAUGACACCACCAUCUUUUCUUUCUCACAAAACAGCGUACAUAUAACAGUUUUAUUGGGCAGGUAGCUGCUACUUUCCGGACCUACAUAUUGUAUUUUAUAGGAUGAAAAUAGCGUCCAACGAAAUCAUCAGAUAUUGUUGGUCAUUUGGAAGCACAUUGUGCGAGUAAGUUGCAGUUUCCUCCAGAUAGUCCAAUGUGGAUCGUCUGCGGUACCUCAUUCUUAAAUGUUUACGUCUUAUAAAAUAUUAUAUUUUUUUCACAGACUGAUUGCCGGCGUACGUCGCAGCGGCGUGGCCCAGUAAUGAAACAGCUUGCUAUGGGUCGUUUGGAUUCCCGUUUGCUUGAGGGAUGUUUAAAUUCUAGAAUAUGAUCACCCGUUCGCCUCAACCGACGAUAACUACUGGCACCCCGGGGAUGUGUACAAUAACUUGCAUGUUUAGUUCAGUUCAGCGUAUUUGAAAAAAAUAGGUUAACGCCUUUGAACUCCCUAAUUGCAACAUAAAAAUCAAGAUAAUUCGCAUAAUGCAAAGAAAUUGAACCAUCGUCUGAAUGUUGAUCUAAAUUCAAAUGGGUUGCUUUUUUUAUGGUCACACAGUCACACAGUUCACUUGUUGGUGUAGCAUAUAUACAUCAAACGAUGUUUACAUGUGUCCAUAAAUUGAUUCAUUACAGUUGUCUGGGGCAGGAUGUUCAACGCUUACACGAUGCGGUAGGGAAAAAGUACUUUCGCACAUCCGGUCUCCAUUGGGCCAGACGUCAUUUGAAAGGAUGUGCCAAGAGGAAAAUUCGUAACACUGGAUGGUGCAGUCCAAGCCAUGCACGAUACGGAAACUUUGUAUUAGGUCUUCACUCAUCUGCAUAUAACUCUGAUGAUAAAGAUUAAGGUUAUUUGUGCGUCUCUCGUAUAGCUGUGUGCAUUGACCCUGUAGCGUCUAAACAGUGAGACUGUUCACAUGGAGCUACAAUCAUCAGGUCAAAUCCCAUGUUGGAGAAAAAGGCAGAAGGCACAAAAUGAGGCAAUAGCUGUUUACAGAAACUUUUGCCAUCUUCCCGGACGACAGUCGCUACUGGCGCAGCCAGGGCUCGUGUUGGCUACCUCCAGUCAUGUCUGAGAGUCCCGGAAGAUUAGCGGCAGCUUCUGCUUUACGCUUGUAGGGCCAUCUCAAGGGGUUUCCGAUUGGUGUGUCACAUUUGCCGAGGGGGCGUUAAGCUGUUUUGUAUCGUGGUUACAGGUAGAAGUGGGUUCAAGUGGCCGCAUGGGCAACUGCGACUGUGUGGACGCAAAUGUGUGUCCAAACUGAAGCCGGUUAAGUGGCUUCGAGUCAGAGUGUCCGGAACGGCUCCCUGUAAGGGGUGAAUGACUUUGAUGCUGUGAGGUCUUGGAAAAGAACACCAGACAUAGCCAUGACGAGCGAACUUAAUUUAUUCUGCGUUUAGGCUCUCCAGGCCUGGAUCGCAUAUUCAAGGUGCGGUCUCACGAAGGCUCCGAAGACUUUGCAAGGACACUCUUCACCGCAAUCUGCAAAUGCCUUCUUAAUGGCAUACAGCCUAAAAGUUGUAACCUUAGUCACCUUCCAAUACUGCGUAAAAGGCCUUAGGGUGUCUGCAAUCCAAACUCCAAGAUUUGUCUCUAUUGCUUCCUCUAGAAGUGGCAUUCCGCUGAGGUGGUAUUGCCGCGUUUUUGUGACCUGAUUUUGGUUUCCGAGACGCAGUAUGACGUAUUUGUCCAAAAUGAAACUCUAUGCAGUUGGAAAAACCUCAGCACUACUAAUACAUACAUGCAUGUACUUUAUUUUUCUCUCCACGCAAACCAUAUGCCAUGCAGGUAAGACUUCAGUUUCUCCUACCAGACCUGGAUUACCAGAUGCAUAUUACAUAUAAGAGGUUGAUAUAUGGGGGCUGCGAGGUGCUGCUGGAGAACCACACAGACUGCUACAUAGCCAUUGACCGUGAUAAGGACAGAAGUGUCUGGAGCAGAAUGCGUCAGGAUCGUAACUCUGACUGGGGCAGUCUUCCCCUUGGCAAGGGCAGCUGAGACGUCUUAAAAACUUACGAACGAGCCUUUGUGAUCUGAUAAGAGGUUCGUGAAUGUCAGAAUGGUUUCAGCACGGUUCAGCAAGGACCGGCGGUAGAAAUUAACCGUGUCCAGCGAUCGUUGCAGCUGACGCUUGAAAGUGGAAGGCAGGAAUUUGUGGAGGCCGUUGGAGUUGACAAGGUGUCCGAGAAAUUCAAAGGGUGGAACACCGAACUGGUCAAACACCGCUGCAAGAUGCCUUAUGUUUUCUUUGACCUAGGUGCUGGACUCCAAGUUGUCCGCAGUAUAAGCGCGGACUAAGGGUUGGCCAAGGAACACUCUGCCUACGAACCUCUGUGAAGUAAUGGAACCCAGGGACUUCCAGAUAAGCCAGAUGUGGCUGAUCUGAAGCAUAUGGCUGAAUUCAGGCUUUGCGGCAACAAGACACGCAGUCACGAGAUGAUGUGCACAAGGAAACAAAAAGGCCCAAUGUAGUUAAAAAGCCGUGCGGUAGGGUCCAGAUGCUCAAGGUAGGAUGGGUUAGGCUGCCGUAAUGGGCUGUCGACAGCGAUCGGACUUAUCGGAUCGAUGGUCACCGAUGAUCGACUCGAGUGAGUAGUCCUCAAGAUCGAUCUACAAAAGAGUGAGUCCAUUUAAACAAAGACGUUUCUGUCCGUCAGGUCUGCUGGGGUGUUAUGGUUCACAUAACUUAGAUGGAUGUCCUCAGAUGAAGGGGGCGAGGCUGUGUUUAAAAGGUGGUCCCGACUCAGAACAAAAUCAGUGGUUACUUGUGGUUUUUGCGCCGGAAAAAAUUCAAACGAGAUUUUCGCAUAAUUUCAGAAACCUGAAGACGGAAAAAAUUUCUCGUACUCUAAUACUAAUUAAAAAAUAAAUACAGACUUUGAAUGGCCCUAGAUUAUUGGCGGGGAAUUGAAGUGGGUGCCUCUGCCGGUCUGCGUUUUGAUGUAUUUCAAAACGUGUCGAUAACUUCACAAAAAUAUUCUAACAGACAGAUCCUUUCACUUCACUGCAAUUUUACCGUUCUUCUAUUGUCUUGAAUUUUGAGUUUUAGCGGAUUGGACUUAAGACCCUUUCUAUACCCUAGUAGCAUUCUAGUCGUCCAGUUAUAGCCCGGUCGCCGGCUAUAGCCGGCAGACAAUGCCCAUUUGCGUGCAGCAAGUUGACGCGCCUUAUCGGGCGAGUUGUGGUUGUUGUCGCCCGAGGCGAUUUAAGUCGCCGGACAGGCGUCUUAAGUUCCAGACAAAGUGCGUGCGCACGCUCAAAGGGACCCCGCAGGCGUGACAAGCGAAAUACACUCGGGUGGGCAUCGAAGAGGGUGUGUACCAGAAGGGCUUCUUUCCUCGCACAGUCCGAGCACCGGCAACCAAUUAGACUAUUAUUCCUGCACUAGUCCGCAAAUCAAACAGGCUGGUAAAUAUCUAACCCUGGGCGCCCAAAUACUGUUAGGGUAACUGACCGCCGGGUAGCGGACGACAGUACACUGUCGUCCUGUCGCUAACUCGACGGCGAUUUUCCGGUUCCACGUCCACAAAGGUCAGUGAAUACUCGUUAACUGCUGAUGGGGACAGGCGACUGUUUGCCACCCAACCAGCGGGACAUUUGUGUUGUAUAUUUGCAUCAAAUUUCCUCGUGUAAGAGUUGUCUAUUGACUCACCUUCAUCCCUGUGUUCUCUACGCUAUCAGAAAAUUUUCCUCUGCUGAUAUGCAUGACUUGUCAUGGAUGCGAAAAAUAUGUUUGGCGAAAAACAUGACAUGUACGCGAACUCUGGGUGGCAUCCGUCCGUGAUCAUUCACUUGAACUACCGGACCCGAUUCUUGGCAUGGAACAAUCUGUCGACGCUCAUUUGCAUCCCUUUAUGUAGACGUCUAUGUUGAAGUCUGUUUCAGUGGGAUGCCAAACAACGCAGGCGGUCUCGUCGUGAGUCUGCUUUCCUACACGCGUAAAUUCCACACCCCGCCUUCUAUUGCCCAACGUAGGAGGCCAGUGUAAGAGGUCGCGCAUGCGCUAUACUUCAUCAAAACAGUUACUCGGUUCUGGGUGUAAAACUAAAUCCAAUCCGUUUUCUCGUCGCGAGCAAUCUAUAUUGCGGACCCCACUUGUUAACCGACAAGCGCUUCAAGUCCAUUUGCUUUCUGUGGUCUUCCACUGUUUAAUCGUGCCGUUUUUCCUGGUGACUCCAUGCAUACUCUAGACCGGCCAGUUUUUUAAACGUCAAAUGGCGAGAAGUCACUAGUACGGUGCGUCUGGCGUGCAUCCAGAGUUAUCUGGGAUAAUUCCAAGCAGCUUUACCGGGAUCGUCCUGGGAAGUCUAAUUUUUCAUGCGACCCUACGCUGAACGCUGUAGCGAUUGCGUAUUCGCAAUUGCGAUUCUUCACCAAAUAAAUCAUCCACCUGCACAGUUGUUUUUGUUGUAAGGCCACUUGUUGCGAUCUUGUCUUCAUAUUAUCUUCCGAUGGUGCACUAGGUAUCUCGUCUACCACGUACAACACCAUGUUCAAAAAGUAUAUCCGCCGUUUUCCAGCUCAUUUUAUCCUUUAGAUUCGAUGAGAAGGAGAGUGUUUCCUCUGUCAACAAUGCAAAGAAUUCAGUGUCUAAAAUGAUAAGGAACAAGGUGUUUGAUAAUUUCGAACUGGGCAAGGACUACAUUGAACAGAUUCUUCCAAAAAAGGACGUUCUUAAAUUGUUGAAAUGGUAA